GUUCUUCCGCGCCGGCAGGGGCAGCAGCGGGAGCGGCGCGGGGCGGAGCGGCGCGAGCAGCUAGGAGCGGCCCGGCCCGGCGCGGCGGCGGCGGCAGCGACGCCAGAGCCCGUGGGCGCCUUUCGCGAGGCCGCCGCAGGCGCCUGGCCGCAGCGCGGGGAGCCUCGGGCGCCGGAGCCCGCCGCCGCCGCCAUGCCGCUGCUCUUCCUCGAGCGCUUCCCGUGGCCCAGCCUCCGCACCUACACGGGCCUCAGCGGCCUGGCCUUGCUGGGCACCAUCGUCAGCGCCUACCGCGCCCUCAGUCAGCCCGAGGACCGGUCGGGCGAGCAGGAGCCGAUAACGGCCCCACUACAGCCCGAGGCGUUCGUGCCGGUGAGCUCGACCGCCAGCGGCCCCCGGGCCCGAGACGUGGCCCAGUACCUGCUGUCGGACAGCCUGUUUGUGUGGGUUCUGGUGAAUACUGCUUGCUGCGUUUUAAUGUUGGUGGCUAAGCUUAUCCAGUGUAUUGUGUUUGGCCCUCUUCGAGUGAGUGAAAGACAGCAUCUCAAAGACAAGUUUUGGAAUUUUAUUUUCUACAAGUUCAUUUUCAUUUUUGGAGUGCUGAAUGUCCAGACUGUGGAGGAGGUGGUGAUGUGGUGCCUCUGGUUUGCUGGACUUGUUUUCCUGCAUUUGAUGGUUCAGCUCUGCAAAGACCGAUUUGAAUACCUUUCCUUCUCUCCCACCACACCAAUGAGCAGCCAUGGGAGAGUCCUGUCCCUGCUGAUUGCUAUGCUGCUCUCGUGCUGUGGACUGGCAGUUGUCUGCUGUGUCACAGGCUACACCCAUGGGAUGCACACCUUGGCUUUCAUGGCUGCAGAGUCUCUUCUUGUGACUGUGAGGACAGCUCAUGUGAUUUUAAGAUAUGUCAUUCAUCUCUGGGACCUCAACCAUGAAGGGACUUGGGAAGGAAAGGGGACUUAUGUGUAUUACACCGACUUUGUCAUGGAGCUCACUCUCCUGUCCCUGGACCUCAUGCACCACAUUCACAUGCUGUUGUUUGGCAACAUCUGGUUAUCUAUGGCUAGCCUGGUCAUCUUUAUGCAACUUCGUUACCUGUUCCAUGAGGUACAGCGUCGAAUCCGUCGCCACAAGAACUAUUUGCGAGUGGUAGGAAACAUGGAAGCCAGGUUUGCUGUUGCAACUCCAGAGGAGCUAGCUGUCAAUAAUGAUGACUGUGCAAUCUGCUGGGACUCCAUGCAGGCUGCGAGGAAACUCCCCUGUGGACAUCUUUUUCACAACUCCUGCCUUCGUUCUUGGCUAGAACAAGACACCUCUUGUCCAACAUGUAGAAUGUCUCUUAAUAUUGCCGAUGGCAGUCGUGCCAGGGAAGACCAUCAGGGAGAGAACUUGGAUGAGAACUUGGUUCCUGUAGCAGCUGCAGAAGGCAGGCCUCGCUUGAACCAGCACAAUCACUUCUUCCACUUCGAUGGGUCCCGGAUUGCAAGCUGGCUGCCAAGUUUUUCAGUUGAAGUGAUGCAUACUACCAACAUUCUUGGUAUCACACAGGCAAGCAACUCUCAGCUAAAUGCCAUGGCUCAUCAGAUUCAAGAGAUGUUCCCCCAGGUUCCAUACCACCUUGUGCUCCAGGACCUCCAGAUGACACGCUCCGUGGAAAUAACAACAGAUAACAUCUUAGAAGGACGGAUUCAAGUACCUUUCCCCACACAGCGGUCAGAUAGCCUGAGGCCUGCACUCAACAGCCCAGUGGAAAGGCCCAGCACUGACCUGGAGGAGGGAGAAGCUUCUCUCCAGACGGAGCGUGUACCACUGGACCUCAGUCCCCGCCUGGAGGAGACCUUGGACUUCAGUGAGGUAGAGCUAGAGCCCAUUGAGGUGGAAGACUUUGAGGCUCGUGGGAGCCGCUUCUCCAAGUCUGCUGAUGAGAGACAGCGCAUGUUAGUCCAGCGUAAGGAUGACCUUCUGCAGCAGGCUCGAAAGCGGUUCUUGAACAAAAGUUCUGAAGAGGACGGGGCCUCAGAGAGACUCCUCCCUUCUGAAGGCACAUCCUCCGACCCCGUGACCCUGCGCCGAAGGAUGCUGGCUGCGGCUGCUGAGCGGAGACUUCAGAGGCAACAGACGACCUAGUGCUUCCUCACCUUCCUCAGCCUCCUGCCCAGCCCUACCUACCGGAAGAGGCCUGUCCCAGUUUUGCCUGCUGUGUGGAGACCUGCGACUGCAUUGCUGCUGCAUAAAGCAUGUGGUCUUGAUAGUGUGUGGACAGCUGACAAAUUUAAUCCUUUGUAAUACUUUCUAUGUGACAUUUCUCUUCCCCUUAGAAACACUGCACAUUUUAACUCUAGGCAUGGUCUCUUCUGGUGUUGACUGGACUUGCUAGGAGUAGGUGACAAGCAAAAGGAAGUGGACAUUUGGGCACUCACCUGCCUGCAGCAGUUAGUUUGAAUUUCUGUUUUGAUAUAAGCCACAGCAGAUGUUGGGUAUUUUAGCACCACAGCUGGAAGGAAGCAUGGAUUCUGGGGCAGGUGCAUAACAGCAGUAAGAAGGUGUGCAGCAGGAGCCUGUCUCUACACUAUGGCAAGGUAUCCUGUUACUAGAUGUUGUACGUAGGGAGGAAGCGUCCUGUGUUUCAGAGGCCAGUCCACAGGCUCCUGGACCUCCAGACCAGCAGAGCAUCAUGGAGAAAGAACUGCUCAGGGCUGCAGAAUGAGGAAACCCUUUUCUGCCCUUAAUCUUCAGGACCAAUCUGAGCCCCAGUCCACAGCCGGCUUCACUUCCGUUCACUCUGGUGCUCUUGCAUCACAGAAGCUUGCCCCAUGGCCGCCUUUCUUUCUUUCCACUCCCUGCUUAAUCUAGGCAUGGGAAGGGGUUGAGUAGCAAGCUUUGGUUAUGAUUUUAAUUCCUUGGUCAACCCAAUUAGGCUAUGUUAAGCAUAUGGGUUUGAUCCUUGGAAAAAGGCAUGGGUCCUGCAAGGCAGGGAUGUUUUGCUGAAGAAAUACCUUUCGUAUCUUUCUCCCCUGGAGCCCUUCAUUUUCCUGCUCUUGUUCCUGUGGGUCUCAUUAAACAGAAACAGAGGAUGUUAAAUAAUCCACAUGCCUCAAGUGGUCUUGGUCCCAGAUCUCAAAUUCUCCACGUAUUUAAAGAUUUGAAACAUGCAAUCAUAGGUUACAUAGUUUUAUGUCCCAUUGGAUUAAGGGUUUUUUUUUAAUGUUUCAAAAUAUAGUUUUAUGGUAGUCCUUUUGAGAAAAAUCCAGUAUUAUCUAAAAUUAUUGGCAAAGUUAAAUGUAUUUUACAUACCUGAAAGUUUUUAGAGUGUUGACAAGUAACUGAGACAAGGAUAAUAGGCAAAUAGGUGAAGAUAAUUUAUUUCAAUAAAUCUUUCAAAAGCCUUACCUUGAACUGCUGUUAGUUAAAUUCCUGUGGGUUUUGUUUUUGUUUGUUUUGCUGAGAGCAGAGCAAUUUGUUUUUAUUGUAAAGCAACAAUAAUAAAAAGCAAUCUCUUGUAA